AUGGCAAAAUGGAUCAGCCAAUUUGAGUAUGACAGUAAGAUCGGGGGUGUAAUGGACAGCAAAGAAGAUGCAGUUCAAGUUGGCAGGAAAGCAACAGCGUUGUACCAGCGAUGUGAGAAGAUGAGACCUACACUUUUCCGAUUAGCGAGUGAUACUGAGGAUAAUGAUGAAGCACUAGCUGAAAUCCUCCAAGCAAAUGACAACUUAACACAAGCCAUUAACAUGUAUAAGAAGAUAGUGAAAGGGGAAGAAAUUAAUGGGAUGACUGAACUGCCAAACAUUAAAGACAUUUUGGGAAAGGACUGUCUAAUGUCGGGAUCCAGGGUCCUUGAUGCCUCCAAACAGAAGAUGGAGAAACCCUUGCAGCUGAUUUUUAAACAGGAUGGAAAGCUACAGCUUAACUCAGAGGCUCUGAACUUCCUCCAGUCCAUUGAGGAUAUAAUGGUUAUUGUGGCCAUGGUUGGUGCUGCUCAUACAGGGAAGUCCUACCUCAUGAACUGUCUUGCGGGAGACAAGGGAUUCAAAGUGAAUUCAACCAUGCAGGCUCACACUGAAGGAAUAUGGAUGAGGUGUCUAUCCCUCCCUCAGAGACCCAAUGAGGUCCUCCUGUUGUUGGACACCGAGGGUCUGGGAGUUCCUGACAAGGGAGACAUCGAUAAUGAUAAUUCUAUCUAUUUACUGGCUAUCCUUCUGAGCAGCAUCUUCAUUUACAAUACUUCCAGCUUUAUGACUGAACUGUCCAAGCGGAUCCAGAUGAGGUCCCAGCCCGAUGUCUCUGACAGUUCGGACUUUGUCCGUUGCUUUCCUGAAUUUGUCUGGGUGAUUCGUGAUUUGACAUUGGAUUUGAAAGUCGGUGGCAAAGAUGCAACUCCAAAUGACAACCUGGAGCACAUCCUGAAACUGAAGUGCGGUGAGAUCAGUAAGAAGCACAAGAAAUAUAAUGAAAUCCGGAGGUGUAUCCGUGAUAAUUUUCCCUCACGUUGCUGCUUUGCAUUUCCCAUUCCCACACACGCGAAGAAACUCAAGAAGCUCCAGGAAUUGCAAGACAAGAAUCUGGAUGGGGAUUUUGUCAAGGAGCGGCAGAACCUCAUCAAUUACAUUCACACCCACAAGAAUGUCAAGAGAGUUCUUGGGGGUCAGCCGAUCACGGGCAGAAGAUUUGUUGAAUUGGCCAAGCAAUACGUGGGGAUGAUGGCGGAUAGAGUCAUACCGUGUGUGGAGAGAAGUGUCGCCAAAUUAGUGGAGGUGGAAAACCAAGCAGCGGUAGCUGAAGCCCUGAAAUUCUAUGAAGAUGGAAUGGAAAAAAUCACAGAAUCCGGCUGUCUUACUAUAAGCACUCUCAGAAAGAAUCACAAUGCGAGGAGCAUAGAGGCAUUCAAUAUCUUCCACAAAAGAUCUAUGAACACCAACAGUGGCAAAUACAUCCAACAGCUGGAGGAGAAGAUCAGUUCUACUUACAAGCCUCUCAUGGUCAAGAUCAAGGAAAAGUUUGAAAAGGAAUGUGAGAUACAUGUGGAAAAAGUAAUGUCAUCAAUUAAAAAAAACCUGACAUCUGGACAUUACCAGAAACCUGGUGGUAUUCAGGAGCUGAAGAAGGAUUUUGAUAAGGCCAUCAAGGAGUACGAAGGAAGGACUAAGAAUGAGAUGGAGGCAUUGGCUGUCCUUCUCCGCUUCCUGGAAGAGGAAAAACCUAAUCUAGAACAUGUACAGGAAAAGGGCAGCGAGCAGACUGCCAAACGAAUGCGUGUCUCUGCUUUGGAACAGGAGCUUGAGAGGGUGAAAGAGGACAUGGAGAAGAUGGAGCAGAAGAGGAAGGAGACUGAGAGAUGCAGGAAUAAGGAAAUCAUGGAGCAGAUCAAGAAAAUGUUUGAGGAGGGUAAAACGUGCAAGGUGGAAGAGCUGAAGGAAGCCAUGGAGCAUAUGAGGAGUGAGAUGGAGAAAUACCAAGGUGAAGGCAGGAUGGAGGAUGCAGAAAGGGCUCAGCUGAGCUUCCUGAACUUUGAUGAAUCUUCACUCUCCGACUACUUCAACUGA